AUGUCGCAGACGCAGCAGGUCGAGCAUACCGACUCGAUAUCGAGCCAGGACCCCAAUAAUGAGACGGCAAAGAAGACAAAGAGCAGACGACCCCCGAAUACCGCGUUCAGGCAGCAGCGAUUGAAAGCAUGGCAACCUAUCCUCACCCCGAAGACUGUCCUUCCCAUUUUCUUCAUUGUCGGCAUCAUAUUCGCGCCCAUCGGUGGACUGCUCUUAUAUGCGAGCUCUCAGGUCCAAGAGAUCGCGCUCGAUUACACCAACUGUGCGACGGAGGCGCCUAACACGACACUUCCCAUCGGUUCGGAUUCGCCAUUGAAAGAUAUGCCGUCCAAUCUUGUUUCGCAGACCUUCAAAAAGGAUAUGAAGUCCAAGCCACAGUGGGCACGCGCGAAAGAUACGUACAAGUGGGAAUCCGGAAAGGAGGAGAAUGCGAACGUCUGCGUACUCGAGUUCAACGUACCAGAGGACAUCAAGGGCCCCAUAUACUUUUACUACCGCCUGAACAACUUCUACCAGAACCACCGUCGCUAUGUCAAGAGUUUCGAUGUUGAUCAACUGAAGGGGGACGCCAAAACCGGAGCACAGAUAAAAUCCGGGGAAUGUGACCCGCUUGAUGUCGCUCCGGACGGUCGUCCUUACUAUCCCUGUGGACUGAUCGCAAACUCAAUGUUCAACGACACCUACGGCAACUUGACUGCAUUGAAUGUUGAAGAAUACAAAACUUACAACCUUACCCAGAACGGCAUCUCAUGGAGCUCCGAAGGCGAUCUCUACGGAGAGACCAAGUACAAGCCCACUGAUGUGGUUCCUCCACCCAAUUGGGCAGAUCAAUACCCCGAGGAUGGCUACGAUUCGACAACUCUACCUAAUCUUCACACGUGGGGGGCAUUCCAAGUAUGGAUGAGAACAGCCGGUCUACCUACCUUUAGCAAGCUAGCUGGGAGGAACGAUGAUGACGUUUUGAAGACUGGUACAUACCGGCUGCAGAUCUAUGACCGGUUCCCAGCCACCAAGUACGGCGGAAAAAAGGAAGUCCUCUUCUCGACCCGCACAGUCGUCGGUGGCAGAAACUCCUUCCUCGGCAUCGCUUACGUAGUUGUGGGCGGUCUCUGCAUACUGCUCGGCACCAUCUUCACUCUUACGCAUCUAGUUAAGCCAAGGUAA